GUAAGAAUUGCACAGUUAUUCUCUGCAAGCAUAUUGUGAGGUGCGGUUGUAAUUGCGUUAUUAAUCUUUUCAAUUUUGUUACAUCUAAGAUUAUUAAAUAGGAUAACACAAAUAUGUCUAAAAUCGGUAUUAACGGUUUCGGUCGCAUUGGUCGCUUGGUGUUGCGUGCCGCAUUAGACAAAGGAGCCGAAGUAGUUGCUGUUAAUGAUCCAUUUAUUGAUGUCAACUACAUGGUGUAUUUGUUCAAAUAUGAUUCAACUCACGGUCGUUUCAAGGGCACUGUAGCUGCUGAUGGCGGUUUCUUAGUGGUAAAUGGCAAAAAAAUUACCGUUUUUUGUGAACGUGAUCCUACUAAUAUUAAUUGGGCCAGCGCUGGCGCUGAGUACAUUGUCGAGUCCACCGGUGUGUUUACCACCAUUGAUAAAGCGUCGGCUCAUUUUAAAGGCGGUGCCAAGAAAGUUGUCAUUUCAGCGCCUUCGGCCGAUGCUCCUAUGUUCGUGUGCGGAGUUAACUUGGGGGCUUACUCUCCGGACAUGAAAGUGGUCUCAAAUGCUUCGUGCACCACCAAUUGUUUGGCCCCCUUGGCCAAAGUUAUUCACGACAAUUUUGAAAUUGUUGAAGGUUUAAUGACCACGGUACAUGCCACGACCGCUACUCAGAAAACUGUUGAUGGGCCAUCCGGGAAAUUGUGGCGUGACGGACGCGGUGCCGCUCAAAAUAUCAUUCCCGCUUCUACCGGGGCCGCGAAAGCCGUUGGCAAAGUUAUACCUGAAUUAAAUGGUAAACUUACUGGUAUGGCUUUUCGUGUACCCACACCCAAUGUCUCCGUGGUCGAUUUGACUGUGCGAUUGGGCAAGAGCGCCACGUACGAUGAAAUUAAGGCAAAAGUUUUGGAAGCUUCUCAAGGCCCAAUGAAAGGCAUUCUUGAUUAUACCGAAGAAGAAGUAGUAUCCACUGAUUUCGUUAGUGAUACUCAUUCGUCGGUAUUCGAUGCCAAAGCGGGCAUUCCUCUUAAUGAUAAGUUUGUCAAAUUGAUUUCGUGGUACGAUAACGAAUUUGGAUAUUCGAAUCGUGUAAUUGAUUUGAUUAAAUAUAUGCAAAGCAAGGAUGCUUAAAUAAAAUUUCGAGUCUAAUCAACAAAAGGGAAAUAUUGCUGUUUAACGCACAGAAGCUGAGCAUUUACAAAAAUGGAAAUGAAACUGCCUGCUACUGUGACUCUCACCAUCCACCCAU